UUGGCUUUUUUGUCGAAAAUGGCCAUUGUAGUGAGAAAUAAUCCCCGGGUGUUUUUCGACAUUUCAAUCGGCGACACUCCUGUUGGCCGCAUAGUGUUCGAACUCUAUGCCGACGUAACACCUAUUACGGCCGAAAACUUCCGUGCUUUGUGUACAGGAGAGAAAGAAGACGAAAGCGGCAAGCCCUUACACUAUAAGGGUUCGACGUUCCAUCGUGUGAUCCCUCGUUUCAUGUGUCAAGGUGGAGAUUUCACCGCCGGAAAUGGUACCGGCGGUGAGUCGAUUUACGGUUAUAAAUUCCCCGACGAGAACUACGUGAGGAAGCAUACAGGACCUGGUAUACUGUCCAUGGCUAGUUCUGAACCGAAUUUGAAUGGAUCUCAGUUCUUCAUUUGUUUUGCUAAGACUCAGUGGCUUGAUGGGAAGCAUGUGGUGUUCGGACAUGUUACUCAGGGUAUUGAAGUGCUUACGUUGAUCGAGGAAGUCGGUUCCAGGAGUGGUAGGACUUCCAAGCCUGUUGUGAUAGUUGAUUGUGGUCAGAUUCCCCAAGAAAAUAAUGAAUAGUCUCUUGGAUCUUCCUUGUUAUAACAUCGUCUUCUGUAGAUCUAUAGUGAAGUUUAUGUUCUUGUGUUUAGCUUAUUCUCUUUCUUGUUGUUAUGGGACAAGAUGAUGGUUAUAUUUUGAGAUCUAGAGAGAAUUUUCCUUCUA